CUUCCAUAAUAAUUAUUGUUCAUUACUAACCUAACUCAAACUACAGAGGGCGCUACUACAUAAACAGUUCAGUGGUCACUCGUGCACUUGUUGAUGAAGUACUGCAGUGAAUGUGCAAGAAGUUAUUUAGUGAUUGAACUUUGGUUCCUACAUGGUUCCGCCUGCUGAAUAGCAGCAAUGAGAUCUGUUGUGUUCGUUGAGCAUUUGGAGUUUGAUUUUCCAGGAAAUGUGUUUCCCAAUGCAAUCAUUUUGGGAGAUGUUGACAAUGACAAUGAAAAUGAGUUGAUUGUAGCAAAUGUUGAAGGCCAACUGACUGUAUUCAAGGGAAGCGAUACAUUGCCAUGGGCAAACUGCUGUAAUCUAGGCAUGAUAUCAUGCAUCGGGAUUGGCGAUAUAUGCAGCAUGAAGAAGAACUGCCUUGUAACCAUCAGUGCAGAGGGUGUAUGUCACAUGUUUUCACUCAAUCCUUCCUCCCACAAUGAGGAUGAGAAGAAAAAGGCGUCCGACGAUCCAUUCAGGUUAUCACCGUGUCACAUCCAACAUCUACCGGCCAACAUCAAAGUGGUGCUCAUUGAAGAUAUAGAUGGCGAUGGCAAAAUGGAGUUUGUGGUCGGACAAACAGAUCGUGUCGUACAAGCUUAUCGCUGGGUGGAAAAUCAACCAUCGGCAAUGAAUGACUCCUCUUCCAUAUUUGCACCCGGAAAACUUGUUUUGCUCCAAAAGUGGCAUCUAAAUGGUCAGAUUGGUUCUCUGUCCCUCGGCCGGCACCGAGAUGGACGUCCGAAACUCGUCGUCUCACAACCCGGCUGUAAUUACGCCGAGUUGCAGUGUAGCUGGGUCAAAGUUCAAGAUGAAGAGGUCGCUAGUGGUGCUUAUAGCAGCAAAGGAGAAUCCUAUGUGAAGUGGCAUCCGAUCUCCAAUAAGAGGGCGCGAAACUCUAAUGUCACCACGGAGCUGGUCGGCAGAGUACGCCAGUCGGCUGAAGACACGGACGAUGUGGUUCCGAACAGAAUGGCUAUGUGUACACUAGACGGCACCUUAAUGAUGCUAGAAGAAGAUCAAAUUCUCUGGUCACUACUGGUUGACCGUCAGCUUUUCUCACUGACAAAAUUUGACAUCAAUUGUGACGGUCAGGAUGAAGUGGUUGUCUGUGCUUGGGACGGUUGGACCUACUUAGUGGAUCACAGCCAAGAGUCAGUUCGCUUCCACUUCCAGGAAAACGUCUGUGCAUUUUGUGCAGGUCAGUACAGUAGUACUACAGGAACCAACAGGCCGUGCCUCGUUUACGCUACAUUCAACAAACGCAUCUAUCUCUACUGCAAUGUACAAUUACCCAGAAUUCCAUCCUCGGAUCUGCAGCAGGUUCUGUCGGAGAACAAGAAAGUUCAGGAGAAGCUUAAAGAGCUGAAGAUUGACGCAAAUGAUACCAGCAAACUUCGGGAGCUUUACCAAUGGUGUUUUUAUGGCAACCACGCAAGAUACAAAGCAGAGGAUCAAACUUGAAAUUGAGAAGAACAUUAUAUUAUAUUUGUACAUUUUUAUGCGCCUUUGAUUUUGUUUUUUUCUAUAACUGGUUAAUUCUAACAAUUUUUCUUUGUUUUCAACAAGAGUAUGGAUUAAAGGUUUUAUUCAAUUUAACUUUGUGAGUGGUGUGCCCAGGCCAAAUAGGCAUUUCUUACCAAACAGUUUUUUUUUAAAUAUCUACAAUUCAUAAGUUGGAGAAGAUGGUUCUGAAUAUAAGAGGCUAUAAGAGAAACUGAACUUAACAGUUUAGUGAGCUUAACGGGAAGGAGGCCGACAUUCUAUUGUUUUUAAAGCAAGCAUUCACCAAAAUACACCAAAGCAAAA